AUGAUACCGACGCCUAAACCCAGCCAGAAGCACAUGUCGCUCAAGCGGAAGCGCCACGACCCGAAGCCGAUAUGGGCCUAUCGCGAAGGCGAAGAACUCCCGCCUGAGCUCAAGCAGCUGCAAGAGCAACAGCGCCAACAAUCGCGUCCACCUCCACCUGUAAUAACCCAACCGCACCCGCACCCGCAGCCUAUACCAUCUCACCCUCCGCCCCGACCUCAACCUUCGCCAAAGGCCGAACGCAACGGACACGCGCCCAGCGAAACGGGCGCGCCUCCGCCAGCAGUCGCGGGAUCCGGACUCGCGGGCUUCGAGCGACCCAUCUCCGACGAUGCGCAAAUCUACGAUGACGUCUCGCGCAACGUAUGCGAUUUCAUAUGGAACACAGCUGUCAACAACGAAACAGUGCGAAACGCCAUCGCGGAUCCAAAGGUGCAACUGGAAGUCGAGGCGCGCUGGGGCCAGAUUCUGGAGAAGCAGACGGACCAGCGACUGCGCGGGUUCUGGCGCACAGAGUGCGUGAUAAACAGCGACAUGUUGGAAGUCAAGUUUGAGAGCACUAUGACUGCUCAGCAACACAAGCGUAUGAACUUGUACCUCAACGCCCAGGUUCAGCAAUCCAAGGUACCUGGAGCUUCGCGUCCCCCAAUCGAUUACCGACAUACCUACGAGACGGACAUCUUCUACGAGCUCGACCAGCAGGGCUUCUCCAUGCUGAAUCCUAUAGUUCAGCGCCUUAUUAGCGCGUCUGGUAACCGGCAGAGAGUUCGUGUGACGCGCGACAAGAACACGGGCGAGUUUCUGCGAGCCAUUAUAAAGCACCGGAUAGGCAACCUCGAAGUCAGCUCUCCCAAGACAGAAUGGGAUUAUCGCAUUGGCAUCAACCUAGAAAUCGAUUUCCCAGGUCCAAUCGAGAGCCUCAAGCCCGCUCUGGAAGGAGGAAAAACGCUGGAAAGUAUGCAGCGGCAAAAAGACCGCAUGUCGUACUCGUGGCUGGGCGCAUAUCAAGUUGAUCUGACUCAAGUCACGCAAGGAACUAGCAAGAACCACGAGCUAGAGCUGGAGCUGGAUUCCGGUGUCCUCAUCGCAGAGGCGGAUAAAGUGAGGCGCAAGGAGGUGACCAAGUUUGAGAGCUUGAUCAACGGUAUGAUGAAUAAUCUGCGGGUGUUGUCGCGUGAAAUCACGCCUUCUGUUCCCGGAGCGUAA